AUGUAUUCGAACUUCCUCUUGCUGCAGUUCGGCUUCUUCGGUGUCAGCCUCUCGUCCCAGCUUCCAAGCUCCGGCUGGAAGGCAGCGAACUUUCAAAAAACCUGCGGUUCGUGGUACAUAAUGGGCCCAAGUGCCAAUUCGAUAGCAGCAGUCUGCAACAGUACGAUCUCGGCACCUGUUUGGUCAUCUUUGGACCUUGGUCAAUGUCUCUGGAAUGAUGGUGGUCAGCUGAAGCCGGGAAACGGCGGUGACUUUGAUGAGUCUUGCUCGUCGUGUUCGCUUGAUAGAUCGGCAGAGUCCCCAACCAAGUACGAAUGCCUGUGUCAGAAAGCCGGUAGCCCGGCAAUGGCUAGCCCAAUUGACCUAGGCCAAGUUGUAGGCAACUGGGAUGGUCAGCUGUGUUGUGGAGAGGGAGACUACAUCUGCGGCAAGACAUCUCAGAGUCCACCGAUGUAG